UACACAAUAUUUUACACAAUAUUUUUACACAAUAAUAAUAUUUUACACGAUAUUACAAUUUUCCCGAUAAUUAAGUUGAAUAUUUAUGGACAAGGGUAAAUGGACGGGUUCGUCGAAAAUCGAGGCUGAAGGGCUCGAAUGGCUCUACAACGAUCCCACUCAACAACAAAAUAACCUCGAGAGUUACUUGCUGGGUGAGAGUAUCCCGGGUGCUAGGGGUGAGUUACGUAGGCCAGAAUCGGAUGACAAGUCUGUGGGUUCAGUGUUGACAGACUCCUCCCGAGUUUACGAACAAACUUUAAACAAGUUCAGAGAAGACCCGCUCUUCAUCAUCAAGAAACUUGAAACGCAACAACAACAAAUUAUACACAAAUACUCCAAUCUCAAAGCCAAACAGCGGAAAUUUGGAGAUAGCCAGAGGGAUACUCAUAGAGAUAAAGGGAGGGAGAGGGAUACUCAUAGGGGUAGAGAGAGGGAGGGAGAGGGAGCUACUAAUAGGUACAGGGAUAGGGAGAGGGAGCUACAUAAACAUAGGGAUAGUGAGAGGGAGCUACAUAAACAUAGCGAGAGGGAGCUACAUAAAGAUAGGGGUAGAGGGAGGGAGAGAGAAAGAUAUCGCAGAAGUAGAAGUAACUCACCACAUCGUAAAUCACACAAAUCACAUAAUAAACCGGAUAGUAAAUCACGUAGAUCAGACAUAUCACAUGAUAAAUUGGAUAGUAAAUCAGACAAAUCUCCGGUUCGCAGGGUAAAAGGACCUGAGCGUCCUAGGAGAUAUGACCCGAUGAAGUAUGCGUUUGGAGUAAAUGAGGACAUUUGUCCACCAGACGAGAUUCUCGAAACUGCCAACCGAAAAAUGCAAAUCGAAUUACUAAACAAAUUAACUGAACCAACUGAACACGUUGUGUCAGUGGAUGAGCAAUUGGAUUCAAUGAUUCAAGAGGGUAAAUUACACAUUAAAGAUAAGCUUAAUAAGAUAUCACAACUACAGAACACUGACGAAAAAGAGUUAACAGCUGUGGACAGUGUUAAAAGGGAGGAAUACCUAAUGAGUAUAAAGAAAAAAGCCUUUGAAGAAGCAAAUUUAUCAAACAUUCUCAAACACAAACACAACAAACUUCUCUAACAACUUUCAAUUCUCA